GGGUGGUGCCACUGCCCGACACGGCCCUCGAUUUCUCCGAUCUCCGGAGCACCAGCAGCAACAACAGCCGUAACAACGAGGACUGGACCGUUUGCAACCGGUGCGAAACCUACCGGCCACCCCGGGCUCAUCACUGCCGCAUUUGUCACCGCUGCGUCCGCCGGAUGGACCAUCACUGCCCUUGGAUCAACAACUGCGUGGGAGAACUCAACCAGAAAUACUUCAUCCAGUUCCUUUUCUACACAGGCUUGGCGAGUCUCUACGCCAUGGGCCUGGUGUUGGCCACCUGGGUGUGGCCCCUGGACAGGAUCUCGGCCAGCAGGGCCGAAGGCUAUGAAGGCGGCGUGGCCGGCAGCCCCAUCCAAAUGUAAGUCCGUCCUUUUCCCCAGCGCAACGAAAUUAAAAAAUGAAAAAUCUGAAUUUAUUGUUUGAGUUCAACCCUCCCGAAAGGGUGCGUUUUCCAUCCCUCGGCCCUCAAAAAUAAAAGAAAAUAGAAAUACAGUCGAGAGAAAUUUGCCAUGUCACCCGGUCCUUGCCAAGAACAACUGGCGUGCCAGAUUUUUGGCACGGGGAGGAGAAGAUCCAGCCAAUUUGGCACUGGACGGAAACAGGCCGAUCUCUCUCUCUCCUCUCUCUCUCUC